AUGUCAUCAUUGGCUCUGACCAAAGCAGCUGUUUUGGAGAGAGAGGAGAAAAUGGCGUGCGUCGCGACAGAGCUCAUGUCGUGCCUACCAGCGAUACUCAAAGGAAGUAAGCCGCCGGAAUAUUGUUGCGAGAAACUGAAAGAGCAGCAGUCUUGUCUUUGUGGUUACAUAAAAUCACCAACUUUUGGUCACUUUGUUACAUUAGAAAAUGCUCACAAACUUCUAGAGGCUUGUGGUAUUCCUUAUCCCAAGUGUUAA